CAACCUCCCCGUGAGCAUUCUGUUCAAAGAACCUCAUAUAUAUAUAUGUUCUCCUCCACCUCUACUUCCAUGAAUGAGGAAGGAGCAAGAGGAUCUUCGUAUCAGUGCUUACACAUCUCUUUCUCUCAAUAUGACGAUCGAAUUGAAGGUCGAAGUCGUCGCCAAAGAAACCAUCAGACCGUCGUCACCAACACCAGACCACCUGAAGAAUUUCAACUUCUCCGUCUUCGACCAACUCAGUCCCAUCCUCUACACCUCCGUCCUCCUCUUCUACACCUCGCACGCGAGCGCUUCGUCUCCCCGCCACAGGUCGAGUCAUCUCAAGUCGUCGCUGUCGAAGGCGCUCGCUCGCUUCUACCCCCUCGCAGGAAGGAUCAGGGACAACCUCUAUAUCGACUGUGAUGAUGGUGGUGCCGAGUUCGUUGAUGCCAAAGUUAACUGUCAUAUCUCCCACAUCCUCGACCGCCCCUGCCCGGUCUCGCUGUGUAAGCUCCUCCCGAUUGACACAGAGUCGCCAGAGGCCUCCACCGGCCGCCUCUUGCUCGUCCAGGCCAAUGCCUUUGGCUGUGGCGGCCUCGCUGUCGGAAUCUGCGUUUCCCACAAGAUUGCCGACGCCUCCACCCUAACCACCUUCAUCAAGGCGUGGUCUGCUGCCGCCCACCUUGGCGAUGCCAUCGUUGGUAUUGAAAUCCCGCCGCUUGACAUGGCGUCGGCACGGUUCCCGCCACUGGUAGAAUUGGCUGCCAUCUCGGCCAUGGUGGUGCUCCCGAAGGCAAGGUGCGUGACAAGGAGGUACGUGCUUGACCCAGCCAAGAUCACCCCGCUUGCUGCCAGUGAGGCUGUGCCGGAGCCGACCCAGGUGGAGGCCGUGGCGGCCCUCGUGUGGAGGCGUGUAGCCUGCGCUUCAAGGAAGAACAACCCUGGGCGGCAAUCCCUUCUUUCCCAAGCGGUGAACCUCCGGGGACGGCUCCCGGAGCCGCUCCCACAGACCACGGUCGGAAAUUUCGUCGGGGGUUUCAAGGUGGAGAUCCCGUCCCAAGCAGAGGAGAGGGAGAUGGAGCUGAAGAAGUUGGUGAGCGACAUGAGGGAGGCAAAGAGGGAGUACUUCGAUAACUACACGCCAAGAUUGACCGGCGGCGAAGCGAGCUGCAUGACGAUAGUCGAGGCUGCUACCAAGUUUGGCACGCUGAUCAACAGCGGAGCCGUCGACUUCUACAACUGCAGCAGCUGGUGCGGGUUUGGGCUCUACAAGGCCGCCGACUUCGGGUGGGGCACGCCGGCGUGGGUCAGCUCCGUGGGCGUGGAGUACAAGAACAGCAUCGUCCUGGUGGACGCGAGGGGCGGCGGCAUGAUCGAGGUCUGGCUGACGCUGAGCCAAGCGGACAUGGACUCGCUCGAUGCCGAUGAGGAGCUGCUCCGGUUCGCUUCCUUAAACCCCAGCGUCUCCGGCUCGUGCAUUGCGUGAGAAUUUUUAUUGCUCGAGUGUGUAAAAACCCGAGUAGAUAAUGCACAGAAUCGUCCUAUAUCGACAAGGGACGUCACGAGAUAGAUCCGGCGAAUGAAAUUGAUGCAUAUUAGAACAAUGUAGAUCUGGUGAAUGAAAUUGAUACAAGCUAGAACGAGCUUACUUAAUAUGUUUUUUUGGGAUAGACCUACGCUUUAUAGAUAUCACAAGGUAAAUCGAUCUUGUUUCGAGUUUAUUCCUUCGGGUGUCUCGUGCAUAUGCAUAUGGAAGUGUUUUAUUUGUAGUUACAAUAUACAAAUGCAUAGAGGAUCUCUCUUUCUCUGUCUCUCCCUAUGUUGUAUCUGAUGUGUCAUGUACAGUGUUGACUUU